AUGGUGUUUGAAUUUAACCGCGUUUGUUUUGGUUUAAAGUCGAGCCCAUUUCAUGCGUUACGCACGGUGAGACAGCUCGCCCACGAUGAAGGUCCCUCUUAUCCUAAAGCUAAGAGGGCAAUUGAGAGUGGUUUAUAUAUGGAUGAUUUUGUGUACUCGGUCGAUAGCGUGGAGGAGGCCACCCUAACCACUGCCGAGGUUAUAAAGCUCAUGAAAUCGGGUCAAUUCGAUCUUGUGAAGUGGACUAGUAAUUCGCGUCCGGUUUUAGAUACAAUCCCACUAUCACACCGUCUUUCGGCGAUAAAGGAAUUCAAUGAUUCUGAUACACACAAGGUGCUCGGUCUGUGUUGGUCACCAGAGUCCGACGUGUUUAGCCUUAAGGUAAAUCCGCCCGUAGAGAAUUGCACAAAGCGCACAAUACUGUCAUGCGUUGCUAGAUUAUGGGACGUCAUGGGUUUCGUAGCUCCGGUGGUAUUAUACGCUAAGCUUUUGAUUAAACAACUUUGGUUAUUUGAAUGCGACUGGGAUGACUCGCCGCCUGAGAGCAUUGUUCGGUUGUGGCAGCGUUUUAGAGAGGAACUUCCUUUACUAAGAGAAAUUAAAAUACCGCGUCAUAUAAACGUCGAUAGAAAUAGCGUCAUAACGGUCGUUGGGUUUGCAGACGCCAGCGAGAAGGCUUACGAGGGCGUUGUAUAUUUCCACGUCCAGAAUAAUGGUAGAAAUUCGAUUAGCCCUAUUAGUUCUAAGUCGAGAGUAUCCCCCCGUAAGGUUGUCUCUCUGGCGCGCUUAGAGCUUUGCGCAAUAUUAGUACUCACCAAGCUUAUUACCGCAGUUAAGCGCAUGUAG